UAGCUAGGCCGCUCACGAGGUUCAUCCUUUCUCAGCCAGCACCGUUGCAGCGGGUGAGUGCGUGGCGUGGAUGGACUGGUGAAAUUGAUCAAAAUUCACUCAAGUCAGCCAAUUUGAGUCUCACUAAACGCCGCCAACAUGCCGGCGUACUUCCAACGGCCAGAGAAUGCUCUGAAGCGAGCGAACGAGUUCCUUGAGGUGGGUAAGAAGCAGCCAGCUUUGGAUGUUUUGUACGAUGUCAUCAAGAGCAAAAAACAUCGAACAUGGCAGAAGAUCCACGAGCCCAUCAUGCUCAAGUACCUGGAGCUGUGCGUGGAUCUUCGCAAGAGCCACCUGGCUAAGGAGGGUCUCUACCAGUACAAGAACAUCUGCCAGCAGGUGAAUAUCAAAUCUCUGGAGGAUGUGGUUAGGGCUUACCUGAAGCUGGCGGAGGAGAAGACUGAGACUGCCAAGGGGGAGUCUCAGCAGAUGGUCCUGGACAUCGAGGAUCUGGAUAACAUCCAGACUCCUGAAAGUGUUCUCCUGAGUGCUGUGAGUGGAGAGGACACUCAGGAUCGUACCGAUCGCCUGCUUCUCACUCCCUGGGUGAAGUUCCUGUGGGAGUCCUACCGCCAGUGCCUGGAUCUGCUGAGAAACAACUCCAAGGUGGAGCGCCUGUACCAUGACAUUGCCCAGCAAGCAUUCAAGUUCUGCCUUCAGUACACCCGUAAAGCAGAAUUUCGCAAGCUGUGCGACAACCUGCGUAUGCAUCUUGGUCAGAUCCAGCGCCACCACAACCAGAGCACGGCCAUCAACCUGAACAACCCCGAAAGUCAGUCUAUGCACCUGGAGACCCGCCUGGUGCAGCUGGACAGCGCCAUUAGCAUGGAGCUCUGGCAGGAAGCAUUCAAGGCUGUUGAAGACAUCCAUGGCCUGUUUGCUCUUUCCAAGAAGCCUCCCAAACCCCAGUUGAUGGCCAACUACUACAACAAGGUGUCUACUGUGUUCUGGAAAUCUGGAAAUGCUCUCUUCCACGCCUGCACCCUCCACCGGCUCUAUCACCUCUCAAGGGAGAUGCGUAAGAAUUUGACCCAUGAUGAGAUGCAGAGAAUGUCCACCAGAGUCCUCUUGGCCACACUGUCUAUUCCCAUCACCCCCGAGCGCACUGACAUUGCCCGGCUGCUGGACAUGGAUGGCAUCAUUGUAGAGAAACACCGCAGGCUGGCCACCCUCCUGGGCCUGCAGUCUCCACCAACCCGGCAGAGUCUCAUCAAUGACAUGGUGAGAUUUAACUUGCUGCAGUAUGUUGUACCUGAUAUAAAAGAACUUUACAACUGGCUUGAAGUCGACUUCCACCCUCUGAAGCUCAGCGGAAGAGUGACCAAGGUGCUGAACUGGGUGAAAGACCAGGCUGAAAAGGAGUCUGAUCUGCAGCAGUAUGUCCCUCACCUGCAAAGUAACACCAUCCUGAGGCUUUUGCAACAGGUCGCACAGAUCUAUCAAAGCAUCGAGUUCACCCGUCUGGCCUCCCUAGUUCCAUUCGUGGAUGCCUUCCAACUAGAGCGCUCCAUUGUGGAUGCGGCCCGGCACUGUGAUCUGCAGGUCCGUAUAGACCACACCUCUCGAACGCUGAGCUUUGGCUCUGACCUGAACUACUCGACCAAGGAGGACGCCCCUGUUGGUCCUUUCCUGCAGAACAUGCCCUCAGAGCAGAUAAGGAACCAGCUGACGGCCAUGUCUGCUUCUUUGGCCAAAGCCAUCCAGGUCAUCAAGCCUGCCUCCAUCCUGCAAGAGCGUGAGGAGCAGAAUCAGCAGGCCAUUGCUGCCUAUGUGAAAAAUGCCCGCAAGGAUCACCAGCGCAUCCUGGCCCGCAGACAGACCAUUGAAGAGCGUAAGGAGCGCCUGGAGAGCCUGAACAUUCAGCGUGAGAAGGAGGAGCUGGAGCAGCGGGAGGCUGAGAUGCAGAAGGUUCGCAAAGCCGAGGAGGAGCGCCUGCGCCAGGAGGCCAAAGAGAGGGAGAAGGAGCGCAUCAUGCAGGAGCAUGAGCAGAUUAAGAAGAAAACUGUCCGUGAGCGGCUGGAGCAGAUCAAGAAAACUGAACUUGGAGCCAAGGCCUUCAAGGAUAUUGAUAUUGAGCACCUUGAGGAACUGGAUCCUGACUUCAUCAUGGCCAAACAGGUGGAGCAGCUGGAGAAGGAGAAGAAGGAACUUCAAGAGCGUCUGAAGAACCAGGAGAAGAAGAUUGACUACUUUGAGAGGGCAAAACGUCUUGAGGAGAUUCCUCUUAUCAAAAAGGCUUAUGAAGAGCAGCGUAUCAAGGACAUGGAACUAUGGGAGCUCCAGGAGGAAGACAGGAUCAGUAACAUGAAAGUUGAACGGGAGAAGGCACUGGAGCACAAGAAGCGCAUGUCCAGGAUGAUGGAGGACAAAGAAAGCUUCUUGUCCAAAAUAACUGCUGCCCGUAGCUUCAUUUUUGAGGAAAAAUUGAGUACUUUCGAGGACCGCAUGGUGGAGGAGAGGAAGAAGCGCAUGGAAGAAAGGAAGAAGCAGCGCAAAGAGGACCGGCGUAACAAUUUCUACCGUCAGAAAGAGGAAGAUGCACAGCGUAUCCACGAGGAGUCACUCAAGAAAGAGCGUGAGGAUCGUGAGCGCGUUGAACUGGAGCAGCGAGAGGAGGAGGACCGCGAGUACCAGGAGCGUCUGCGCAAACUCGAGGAGCAAGAAAAGAAGCAGCGUGCUCGUCAACAGGAGAUCGAAGAGCGAGAACGCCGUCGUGACGAGGAGAAAAGGGCCCCCCCUGAGGAGAAAACCAAGGAUUGGGCCGAUAAGGAGAAUGAGAAGGAGAGUGAGAAGGAGGAAGGGGGAUGGAGGAAGCGCACGGAUGGGGAAUCAGAGAGGCGUCGUCCUGUGCCUGACCGGGAGUGGAGACAAGACGGCCGUGAGGAGGACAAAGAGGGGACCCUCAGGCGAGAGGGCCUUAGCAGGGGUGGAGAUGACAGAGCACCCCGCCGAGGCUUUGACGAGGAUAGAGGACCUCGCCGUGGCGCUGAUGAGGACCGUGCUCCACGCAGAGGGAUGGACGAUGACCGUGGUGCACGCAGAGGUUUUGAUGAGGACCGUAGCUUCAGGCGUGGCUUUGAUGAUGACAGAGGUCCCCGUAGAGGCAUGGAUGACUCCAGGGGUUCCAGGCGUGGGGCUGACGAUGACUCCUGGGGUCCCAGAAGAGGAGGAGAUGAGGAGAGAGGUGGAAGAAGGGGCAUGGACGAUGGGCCACGUCGUGGUGCCGAUGUCGAUGACGAAAAAGCCUGGAAGCCACUGAGCCGACCUGCUGCAGGUGGUUGGCGUGAGCGAGAGAAGGCCCGAGAGGACAGCUGGGGUCCUCCCCGUGACGACGCCGGCGAGGAGAGGGGUGAGGUUAAAGGAGAGGAAAAAACCAGCGACAGCUUAAAAGACCGCCGCCCAGUCAGAGAGGAUAAUACUUGGAGGAAAGCAGGCACAGAGGAAGGAGGAAGCUGCUGGAGAGACUCUCGCAAAGAGGACACUGACCGCGAGGAACGCCGCGAUGAUAAUCGCAGCGAGCGCCGCGAUGUUGAGCCGCGUCGGGAGGUGGAGCUGCGUCGGGAGGUGGAGCCGCGUCGGGAGGUGGAGCCGCGUCGGGAGGUGGAGCCGCGCCGGGAGGUGGAGCCGCGCCGGGAGGUGGAGCCGCGUCGGGAGGUGGAGCCGCGUCGGGAGGUGGAGCCGCGUCACGAUGUUGAGCCGCGUCGGGAGGUGGAGCCACGAAGGGAGGUGGAGCCACGCAGGGAGGUGGAGCCACGAAGGGAUGACCGUGAAGUCAGAGCCCCGCCCAGAGAGCAAGAGGAUGGAGGUUCUUGGCGUCGUGGAGGCGAGGAGAAGCGGGAGGAGCCACCAAGAGACCGCGAGCAGGAGCCCGAAGACGAUAAGGGUUGGCGCACCGACAAAGACAACCCUCGUCGCAUCAAGAACGAGACGGACGAUGACGGCUGGACCACAGUGCGCCGCUGAGUACCAACCUCUCAGCCCGUUAGCCACAGUGGUGAAUUAAUGGCCAUUAUUCCUUUGUUUGACAUCUUUGUAGAUGGUAGCUUUCCUGGGGGUUAUUUUCCAUUACUCUUUUAUUUGAUUUCCAGCUGGUUUGAACCAGAGGCUCCUCACCACCCAGAAACACCAUCAACCAAUAAACUUGUGUGCACUGACUCAUGCAAACUAUCAAUGUACACAUGACUGCGCCCAGUGGUUAGGAGUGUUAUUACCUGCCAUUUAAAAUUCAAAAUUCAAUUAAAUAAACUGAAAACCAAUGUA